CAAUAUUUAUUGCAAACCUCGCGCGACCAUGAGAAGCUAGAGAGCUUGAACAAUCACACCUGCUCCGAGAUAGAGGAAAACACUGUACAAUCUUUGAAAUCCGUACAGCUCUCUCUAACAACUUCAACUUUUGUAUCAAAGAGGAUCCAGUUCUUUAGGUAGUACUUAUGGAAGUAAAACCAACAGUUGCCCUGAGGGCUAUACUCGUAGGAGGACUAGCAGCAUUUGCAAAAAUAGCUGGUGCAAUGAAGGCUGCAGGUGGUGUAAAGAUAGGUGCAGCAGCUGCCGCCAUGACAGCAGCAGCAACUGCAGCUGUGUCAACAAAGAAGGAACAAAAGGAUGAGUCUAAGCAGCCUUCGAAAUGACCUUUUGUAGUUGUGGUUAGCUAGUAAUUAUGUAGUAGAGCCACGUUCCAUUGAGUGUGUGGAAUAAAAGUUGGCUAUAUUUUAAGUUUUUGAAUUGUAAACUUGAUGUAAGACCAUGUAUAAACCGUAUGAAAUAAAAGAGAUGACAUUGUAGAUUUACAUUCAACAACUUGGCUAUAUAUGAAAAUUUUGAAUUGUAAGAUUGACUGGAAGCUGAUGUACGAACCAUUUGAAAUAAAAUGAAUAGACAUUGUUUGAUUUACAUUGAA